CCGCGACACAUUUUGUCAGCAGCCACCGAGCAUGGGUCCCUUUGGUAAUAGAAUAGCCAAUGUAAUUUGACACUUCAACUUACUGCGCUCUCUCCGAGUCUAUUCAGUUACUCACCCACUGACGUUGAGCCCAUUCUCAGUGGCCGUGAGGGGGGAAGAUAUUUAAAAACAAGAGCCGAAAAUUACCGAGGACUUUCUCCGCUUAAUAACCCGGGACUGAAGAGGUGAGGCGCUGGAGUGUUUCUCCUCCUGGUGUGUGAAUGGGUGGGGGGGUCUUUCGUGGUGAAGAAGAAACUACGAUUGAAGUCAACACAGAACGCUCCAGUUUAAUGGCUGGCAGGUAGAGGCCAAAGAGGGACAAUCAACAUGAACUCUAUUCCGUCGAUGGACAGACACAUACAGCAGACCAAUGACCGUCUGCAGUGUAUCAAACAGCACUUACAAAAUCCAGCAAAUUUCCAAACAGCAGCAACCGAGCUGCUGGACUGGUGUGGUGACCCCCGAGCCUUCCAGCGUCCCUUCGAGCAAAGCCUGAUGGGAUGCCUAACGGUGGUCAGCCGCGUAGCAGCGCAGCAGGGCUUCGACUUGGACCUGGGCUAUCGGCUCCUGGCCGUGUGCGCUGCCAACAGGGACAAGUUCACUCCAAAAUCAGCAGCUCUUCUGUCCUCGUGGUGUGAGGAGCUGGGACGCCUCCUCCUCCUCCGUCACCAGAAGAACAGGCAGAACGAGCCUCCGGGAAAAGUGCCCAUGCAGCCACCAAUGAGCUCCAUGAAGCCCGGCCUCUCACACGGAGAUGGGUCUUUUCCCUACGACUCAGUUCCCUGGCAACAGAACACAAAUCAGCCUCCAGGUUCGUUGUCUGUGGUGACCACUGUCUGGGGAGUAACAAACACCUCACAGAGCCAGGUUUUGGGGAAUCCCAUGGCCAACAACAACAAUCCCAUGAACCCUGGGGGUAACCCUAUGGGCUCAGGUAUGUCUGGUAACAAUCCAGGGAUGAACUCGCCUCAGUUCCCCGGUCCUCAGCAGCAGUUCCCCAACAAAGGCAACUCCAACCAGGGCUACAUGCAGCAGGGCAUGUAUGGACGACCCAACUACCCCGGAGGAGGAGGCUUUGCUGGCAACUACCCAGGAGGGCCUAAUCCUGGACCUGGUGGAAUGGGUAUCCCUCCACACUCUCGUCCUCCUUCAGACUUCACCCAGCCUGCCGCUGCAGCCGCGGCUGCUGCAGUUGCGGCGGCUGCCGCCACCGCAACUGCCACUGCCACAGCCACUGUAGCUGCCCUGCAGGAAACCCAGAACAAGGACAUGAACCAAUACGGACCGAUGAGUUCCUCUUUCCAGAUGGGACCAAACCAGGCGUACAACAGCCAGUUCAUGAACCAGCCAGGACCCCGCGGCCCUCCGUCCCUCCCUGGGAACAUGGGCACAGGCAUGAAUGCAUCCAACAUGAGUGGGCCCCCCAUGGGAAUGAACCAGCCAAGGGGCCAAGGCAUGGGGCCUUUCGCGGCCCAUGGCCAAAGGAUGCCCCAGCAAGGCUAUGCAGGUCCCCGGCCUCAGAGCAUGGGUAUGCAGGGCAUGAAAAGACCGUACCCAGGCGAGCCAAAUUAUGGUGGACAGCAGUAUGGACCAAACAACCAGUUCCCUAACCAGCAAGGGCAGUACCCCACACCCAAUGCCUCCAGGCCACUGCCGUCCCCCAACUACCCCGGCCAGAGGAUGCCAGGACAGCAGCUGCAGGGCCAAUACCCACCACCCAGCGGUGCCAUGGGCCAGUAUUAUAAGCAAGAGCCACCUUUUAACGGCCAAACGAAUAACUUCCCUGGAAGUGGAUAUCAGUACAACCAGGGUAAUAUGAAUGGGCCACCCAGACCGGUGGGUAACUACCCUCACUCUCCAGUGCCAGGCAACCCCACCCCUCCAAUGACUCCAGGAAGUAACAUCCCCCCAUACCUGUCGCCAAACCAGGAUGUGAAGCCACCCUUCCCUCCUGAUAUCAAACCAAAUAUCACCGCUCUCCCUCCACCACCAGCCAACCACAAUGAGGAGCUGCGCCUGACGUUCCCAGUACGGGAUGGGGUAGUCCUCGAGCCUUUCAGGCUAGAGCAUAACCUGGCUGUCAGCAACCAUGUCUUCCACUUACGGCCCUCUGUACAUCAGACGCUAAUGUGGAGAUCGGACCUGGAGCUGCAGUUCAAGUGCUAUCAUCACGAAGACCGCCAGAUGAACACCAACUGGCCGGCUUCAGUCCAAGUCAGCGUCAACGCCACACCGCUCACCAUUGAGAGGGGCGACAAUAAGACAUCCCACAAACCCCUGCACUUGAAACACGUAUGCCAGCCGGGAAGGAACACAAUCCAAAUCACAGUCACUGCCUGCUGCUGUUCGCACUUGUUUGUGCUGCAGCUGGUCCACAGGCCCUCGGUACGCUCUGUCCUCCAGGGCUUACUGAAGAAGAGGCUUCUGCCUGCAGAGCACUGCAUCACCAAAGUUAAGAGGAACUUCAGCAGCGUAGCAGCAUCAUCGGGCAAUGCCACGCUCAACGGAGAGGACGGCGUGGAGCAGACGGCCAUCAAGGUUUCCCUCAAAUGUCCGAUCACCUUCCGGCGAAUACAGCUUCCAGCGAGAGGCCAUGACUGCAAACACGUUCAGUGUUUUGAUUUGGAAUCAUAUUUACAACUGAACUGUGAGCGGGGGACAUGGCGAUGUCCUGUAUGCAAUAAAACAGCGUUGUUAGAGGGACUGGAAGUGGACCAGUACAUGUGGGGAAUCUUGAACGCCAUCCAAAACUCGGAGUUUGAAGAGGUAACCAUCGACCCGACAUGUAGUUGGCGGCCUGUGGCUAUCAAAUCUGACAUCCACAUCAAGGAGGAUCCAGAUGGACCGCUGGCCAAGAGAUUUAAGACGAUGAGUCCCAGCCAGAUGAUCAUGCCCAACGUGAUGGAGAUGAUAGCUCAGCUCGGCCCCGGACCGUCACCCUACCCAUCACUACCUUCUCAGCAAGGGGGCAACAACAGUGAAUACAGCAGCCAAGGAAACAGUUACCAGGGGCACGGGAACUUUGACUUCCCUCACGGCACCCCUGGUGGUACGUCGAUGAACGAUUUCAUGCACGGUCCCCAGCUCUCUCACCCGCCUGACAUGCCCAACAGCAUGAUGACCCAAGAUAAGCCACUCUCCCACAACAUGCCUGACUCAAUACCUCACUCUGCCGGCAAUGACCAAUCGCAUGGUCCAUUGCAGCAGAGCUUACAUGCGUCUCCACACCCUGGGAGCCAAUCAGGGCAGCAGCUACACCACAGCGGGCCUCCGCAGCCCUCGCGACAAGCUCCACCUCCUCAGCAACAGCAACAGCAGCAGCCCGGCCCCAACAACCAUCCCCACGGCGACCUGGCCUUCAACCCCUCCAGCAGUUUGGACAGCCAAGCAGGGUCGGACAUGCCCGAGCCAUCUUUAGACCUUCUCCCGGAACUCGCAAACCCAGAUGAGCUGUUGUCGUACCUGGAUCCCCCAGACCUCCCCAGCAAUAGCAACGAUGACCUUCUAUCGCUCUUCGAAAAUAACUGAGGCGAUUCAGACACACAUAAACUUUUCUGACUGCCUGCAGUUUCCCUGAGAACCCAGGGCGGUCACUCAGUACUUGAUAAACACAAAGAUGCACUCCCUUUCUCUUCUUCCUCUUGUACAGUUUUCAUUCGCCAGCGCAGAUUGACUGAAAGAGGUUAAAACUCAAAGACACAGCGGGAUGCUCAGCCCGUGGCGAUACCUUUUGAACUGUGCAGCUAUACUCAGUUGAUUUUUUUUACGCCACACACAGGUGUAUGUGUGCACAUUAGAAACGUGUUGUAGCAUUUUUUAUUCAUGUUUUGUUUCCUUUUGAGAAGAAAAAGGAAUUAACUGUAAAAAAAACGCAAAAAAAAAAAAUAAAUAACUGAAAAAUAACUGAAAAAAACCUGCGCUAUCUGGCCAGUGUGCGUUAUGUCCAUAUUGUUAUUCCAAUCUGAGAGGCCACAGCUUCCUGGUGUCACAGCUCCAUUCCCCGACUGGUCUGGUUAGUCGCACUGUUUUGUCCACCACACAUCAUUUAAAAGCACAAGAGAUUUUGGCAAUGCAAAAAACAGAAUUAUCUGUCUUUACGAAAAGAAAAAAGAUCAGUUGGAUCUGUGUAUGUCUGUCCUUGACAAAAUGUUUUUUUAAAGAUUUUUUGCUCUUCUGCCAACAUUUAAAAAAUCUUUUGGGAAUAAUCGGCUUCCACUUUGUCUACAAUUGUGAUACAUACAUAUUUUUGUCAAAAAGAGAUUUGCCUGCUUUUCAGUCCUCUAAGGGUUAACAGCUGGAACGGAGAUUUUGGCCCCACUAAAACAAAACAAAAAAAGUUUAUAUUACAUAAUAAGAAUAGCAUAUGCUUACUUAUACAUGUUGUAAAGUUACCAUCCUCCUGUACAGAGGAGUGAUUUUAAUGGAAAUGAAAGGUACAAUACGAGAGAUUGGGGUUCCUGUGUUGAUCCUGCUGCGUUUAUCGCUUCCUGCUACAACUCCUUCCAUGCCGUCUGCUCUGCAUGAGCCCCAGUGUCGCUCGUGUCAGCAUUUUUGCAAAGUUGCAUCUCUUUCCCUGUUAAAUGAUGUGCUGUUUAAGUAGUCUACAAAGUGCAUGUGUGCCAAGCCCUUGUCUAGUGCUGUUCCAAGUGGUAAAAAAAAAAAAAAAAGAUAGUGUGGUUUUUAUCAGUUGCUGUUUCCACGGCUCUUUUGUUUGUACGUUUGUUUUUGAUUUCUGUCAGAUUUAGUAUGAUUUAUUUAACACUAACACUGAAGGGAUAAUGCUGAUAUCAGCAAUACAUUUAUCAUGUAUUUGCUGGAUAUACUGUAUUAUGUUUUUGUUUGUUUGUUUUUUCCUUUUUUUUGUUUUUGUUCUUUGUUUGUUUGUUUUUUGUUGCUGCAUAAUUAAACUAUCCAUGAAUCUUUUGGGAAACUGCUCAACAUCACCAAAGUUGGAGGGAUGAGAAUGGAGAUGUUUGUGUUUGCUUGGUCCUGUGUGAGAGUGUGUGCAUGUGUGUGCGAGUGUGUGCAUGUGAGUGUGUCUGAGUGUGUGUGUGUUUCUAUUGGUGUGAUGGGAAGUAAUAUUGAUUUCAAAGAUAUAGGGGAGGACAAAUACAGUUUAUCCAUCACUACUGUUCAAGAAGUGGUUUUUAAAGCAGUAUUGGUGCAAACCUUUUGCCACAUUUGUUUUCAAUUUCACUUUUUGAGAAGAGUGCUGUUCAGUAUGCAAAUGUAUUAUUUUUUAAGAAAUGCUAUUGUACUGUAAAUAUCAUUGUGAAUAUUUUUGUAUCAUCUUGAUAAUGUUUGUCCUUUGAUCAUUAGUCGUCCGACGUAACCACAUACGCUCCCAAACUCCCAUCUGACCACUGACUUUGUUUGUAACCAGCAUCCGACAGCUGUCUCGCCUCCUCGCUGCGGGGAGGCCAGUCCGAACGUCUCAUAAGCUAUUUUCCUGCAGGUCACCGUGCUUUCUAGUCACUUUCCUCCCAGUCUACUCUGUCCCGCACCUGUCCUUUAGAAAAGACAGGUGUCCCUAUUUUUAACCGGUCUCCUUCCUUGCGUCAGCUCAAGGUGAUUGUGUAGCAUCACUCCGAUUUUCAGAUGUCAAGCUCGGUUUGAAGCAAUAUUUCCUUUCACGCUCAGAUGUAUUUGAUUGAUAAUGAUCAAUGUUGUCUGCUCAUCAAUUUAUGUUAACAUUUUUAUCUGUGAUUAUCUGAACAGUAAUGGUUUCAAAAAGAUGUGGUAUCAGCUGGCUUUCAGUGUAAUUAGUGAGCUAUGUGAAUAUCAUAAUUGUUGCUAAUUGUCAAUACACAGUGGUAUUUUAAAGAUAUAUCACAACCAUAUUUUAAAGAAAUUCAUGAUAUUGUUUAUAUUUUUGUUAUAGAAAAAUGUGGCUUUUUUGAAAGCACGAGACCAUAUACAUUUUUAUCCCCUUUUUGUUUUUGGUAAAUUAUUUUGUACUGGUUUUCUUAUUAAUCUGUAAGGCUAGAAAUCCAAUUUCUUUCAACUGUAGCAUUGUGCUAAAUUAACCACCCUGGUUUUGUGUAAACAUUAUUUUAAACGUCAUUUAAGAAAUAUUAUUUGUUCCAAUUCAGCACACUGACAUGUCGUUUCAUAUUUAAGUCACAAGCAAAACAUCGAAUCAAGUCUUUUAAUACUUCACUGCUUCAUUUUCAUUUUCUACAUUCUGAAUUGAAACUAUUGAUCAAUCCCAUGGAAGUCAUUAUCAUUUCAGCUUUUGUUCUGUCAGCCAAUUUGGUGUAUUAGGCAGCACCCCAAAUCUGUAGUUGCACAAUCACAAUAAAGGCCAUUUUCUGGGGGAAGUUGUUUAAAAAAAAAAAAAGGAAAAUAAAAACUAAAAAAAUACAGCGAGGAAGGGCACGUUUAUCGUUCUGGCCUGAAAAGGAUGUUGAGGGCAAGGCUAGGUCAAACGUCCCAAGAAUGCCUGUAUAUAUGUAAAUGACUAUAGAGACAUGUGAACAGAAAUGUAUUCAUUUUCCCUGGGAAUGUGCAUUGUUUCUUCAGAAUAAUAAAAAGCUUGCAACCCCUCUACUGGAAGUGGCUGAAUAUGGAAAAUGAAACUUGUUAGUUAGUGUCUGUGGGUAUCUCAGCAUUUUGUUCCCCCCUCUGUAAUAUACUUUCACCUCUUUUGUUAGGGGAACUGGGACAGCUAUGUUUUACAUGUAAUAUUUAGCCUAAGUGUUCUAGUCUGUCACCUGCAUACUCUUGAGGUGCUAAAGCUUAAAAAAAAAAAAAAAAAAAAAAAAAAAAAAAAACAAGGUUACAAAGAAAAUCGCUUGGUGGGGUAGGAGAAAGGAGGUGGGAGGGACGGGUCCAGAAGAUUGUAACCAAAUCCAUAGUUUGUACAAUUUUUGAUAUCAUGAACAGUUGGAAAAAUGAUACAAUCUAAGGUGAUUCAUGCAAUGUGGCCAUUGUCUCUAUGUUUGUACAUUGUAUGUACAAUCAUUUCAUACUCUAAACUGGUCAGAAAAAGGAACUAAUUGUGAUUUUUAGUCUUGCAGAACUGUAUGUAGUUAGAUGAUGUGACAACCUAAUAUUUAUCUAAUAAAUAUGUAUUCAGAUGAUA